AAAUGAAAUAUUCAAAGAAAACUUAAACUUGUUCCCAAUGUCGUUGGCCAAAAAAGUAUAUAAUAUUUACCAUCGUACAGAUCCUGUUGCUUACAGGUUUGAACCAUUAGUUGCAAAAGAUUAUUGUCGCUAUAAACCUGUUGGUAUUCAGGCCUGUGGUAUCAAAUGUGAUUACUCUGAAGUUCCUUUAGAACUAAUUGAAAACAUAGAUACUGUUAAUACCUGUCCACUAUCAAGAAAUAGUACUCCAGUUGAAAAUUUGAAUCACCGGUUAGAUUAUAUAUUGAGAGAUAGUAUCGGAGGAUCGGCCAGUGAUUAUUUGUCAAUGUGGUAUACACAUACGUCAUAUUGGUCAAACUACGACGUAGCAUAUUUCAUUUACACUAGGUUAUUCCCCGAACUAGAUAAGACAAUGGAAGAUUUUCUAAAACCUGAAGAGAAAAUCCCCAAUUUUGACUUACAAUUAGACCAAGAUCUUUAAAGGUAUUGAAGUGACUGAAGAUUUGAAACUUGUGACGAGAAAUUCAACAUUUUGCAAAAUAGGUUCAUUAUCCAAAUAUAUGUCAUAACUAAAAUAAG